AUGAUGGCUACCACCAACAAUCAGACACCGUUACUCCGCUGCGAGUCGCCACCUCCAGACGCCCUGCCAACACCAGCCCUCGGCGCAUGCCCGGAACUCUCUCGCUGCUUGUCGACAACGUCCUCUUGGUCUCAUGGCAGUAACGAUGCCAACUCUCGGGAUUCACUCGGCAUCGAAAACUACAACCGUCACUCCACCGGCAAUCUCGACAUCAACAGCAUGAAGCAGCGCCGAGAUGUAUCGACUUCGAGACACUCCAGCUACAACCUAGAUGGUCGAAGCCGUCGUCGUGGCUACAUGCGGCCACAAGGAACAGAUUUCGCCGAGAGUGCACGAUCUCGUGAGAGUGUCAUGAGUCUCGGCAGCAUCGCACAUCUGCAGUACUACUUUGCCAGAACAGGCCUACUUGAUGGCAAGGGUGGCCAACUGGCCAGGAAGAAGCAGCGACGUGCAACCCUCGAUCUCUCAUCCUUGGAUACCAACACAGGCUCAUUACCCAACAUUGUCGGUUCAGAUGUAGAUUCCUAUGCGUCCACCAGUAGCAGCCCAGACUUUAACUCGCAGGGAUUUGGCAAUGACAUCGUCGAAUCCCCCACAACCGAAGAUAUGGAGGAGUUUUUCGAUGAUACCUUCAGUGAUGUUGGAGGACACAUGCUCCCCCCAACUGUGAGCACCUACCAUCACCGAGAAAAUAUAGUCCCGAAGCCGCCUACUAUUAUGGAGCUCAAGUCGGAACUCGAGCAAGCGCUGGGUGAUGCAAAGGAUGCUUUGGACGAAGUAGAGGCACGAAGAGCCGGCACUUGGGAGACACCGGCUGAUGCCCCUGAAUAUCCCAACAUGCCAAAGGAGCAUACCCAGGGGUGGUUUGAGCUCCAGGGAAUGCACAUUCUGGAUGUCGUGACACUAGCAAUUCGUGCGGCAAAGAUGUACUACACAGCUCAUGAGCUGCCCGACCGCCUUGACUCUAUUAAACCCGAGAAGCAGGUCAGGGCGGACCUUUUGGCUGUGAUGGAAACUCUGAGACAGAUGGCCACUAGGAACUUCAAGGAAGGCAUGAGGGAUGAAGAAAUCAAGACGAUGACUAUCUGGAUUGACAGUGUGUUUGACAUCUUGAAGCAGGAGCAAGAGAUUGAGGAUGCUGAGAUUGCUGAGCGGGAUGGAUGGAUCUGGGCCAAGGGCGAUUGGACUGGCCGUGAGUUGGAGCGAGAGCGACAGUUCCUCUUGUCCAUGGACACCACUUCUGAGCCCUUGCCUGAAUGGGAGCCCAUGUCAGCUACAGAUGAGAAGCCCACGCCUUUUCUUGAAGCCAUGCAGGACGGUGUUCGACUUAUCAAGCUGCACAACGCCGUUGUACACAAAUCACGGCGACGAUUUGGUUCUAUCGGAUCAUACCAUAGCGAUACCCAGAAACCCUACCGCUGUGCCGACAACCUGCGUUACUGGGUCAAGGCGGCCGAACUGCGCUUUGAGGUUAUGCUCAAGGUUGAUGUUUUGGCUGUUCAGUACAACACAUCACCCCAGGCCUGGGUAGACUUCGAGACUGCUAUCCUCAAGUGGUCUCGCCACGUUCGCGAUGAGGUUACCCGCGAGUUGGCGCUAUAG